AUGCCGCCUGUGUUUGCCAUGGCGAAAGGGAGAGGCAGAAGACGUGUUCGACCUAGGAAGCAUCCGUUAACUACUUUUGCAAGCUCGAUGGUAACUGGUAAUCAACCACCGAUGGAGAAAGCAACUCCACCUUCGUCAGUUCCAACUCCAUCUCCAUCAGUUCCAAUUGCUGAUCCAGCAAAUGGAGGUGUUGCAUGUGAAAUUGAAUCUACUUUGACUCAUCCUAGUAUCUCUAAGAGACUAGAUCUAGCUUCUCCAACGACAAUUGGUCAUUUACCAGCUUCUUCAACAGUUCCAGUCAAUGGAACAGUAAAAUUGAAGAAUCGAUUUGCUACUAAUGGGAAUGGACCAGGUUAUAAUGCGAUGAAGCAAUACAUCAAUUUACACUGGUCACAUGUUGCUGAGCCUGAUUUGUUCUACCAAGAUGAAGGCUACUAUAUUAUUAGAUUUCAAACUAUUGCAGAUGCUCAAGAAAUAUUAUGUGCUGGUCCUUACUCAAUUGCUAAUAAGCCUAUCAUCCUAAAACCAUGGACUCCUGACUUUGAUUUCACGGAAGAAUUCCCUACUGUUAUACCAUUGUGGGUCAAAUUUACUAAGUUGCCUAUGUCAUGUUGGGGAGUUGGCUCUCUCAGCAGAAUUGCUAGUGUGAUUAAGACCCUUGUAUUUGCUGAUGAGUGCACUACUAAGCAGACUCGAGUAUCCUUUGCUCGAAUGCUUAUUGAAGUCAAUGUUACAAAAGAAUUACCAACUGAAAUUAUGGUUAUGGACCCUAAUGGGAAGAAAUUUCUGCAAGAUGUUACCUAUGACUGGAAACCUGCUUAUUGUGACAAAUGCUUGGUUGUGGGAUACAAGUGUUCCAACCAGCCAUGA